UGGCCCAGUGACAGGAGGAAGCAUUUUCAUUUUGGCCUCUUGACAGGAGGAAGGACAGGAGAGAUAAAAUUUUUAGAAACAGAUGUGAAAUUUGUACUGCUUCCAAAGAAAGAAGAUAUGUUUCCAGCAUUCAAAUAUUGUGCAAUAGAUUAUUUGAAUGAGAGUGUAGUUAGAAAGAAGUUGUGGAGAGAUACUUUAUUGCUUCGGAUCCCUUCAUGUUUAUAUCAAGAUGACAAUUAUCCUGCAAGUGUUAUUGAUAAUAAGUUUAGGAGGCCAUGGACAAGAGUUUCAGCUGUUUCAAUUUGGGGAGAGACAGAUAUCUCAGUCUUGGAUCAAUGGAAAGCAAGUCUCACUGUGGAUGAUUUCCUUGAGAAAAAAACAGUUACAGGAAUGGUGACCCAGCUUAACUGUGAAUUUGAUGAAAUUGUUCCGAGUUCAAACCCAAACUCCCAAACUGAAGUAGAGGAAGCCAGCUUAUAUACCCAUAAGGAAUACAAUGAAUUCUUUACUUUUGUCAGCUGCUUAGAAAAACGUCCAUCACUUCAAGCACAAGAUUUGUCUAUUGAUGAAGAAAUAAUUUUUGUAAAUUAUUUGACAGCCUAUAAAAGUCAGCUACCAACUUUGCACACUCUGUUGAGUAGGCUAAAACUAUUUUUAGUAAAGGAUCCCUUGCCGGAUUUCAAAGCACAAAUCCCCACAGAAGCUAAAUUUUUCAGGGAGUGUUUCUCUCUUCAAGGAGAUGUAAAAUGUUUGGUGGAAGAAGAUUUUUACAUGGAUAAAGAGGACUUUUGUCAGGAGAAACUGAAAGAUACAUCAUCAACUUUGCUUGAAUGUGAAUUGUUAGUACCUAUAAGCCACAAAAAAGAAGUUGAUAUUCCAUCACUCUCAGAACUGAAGGAGUCAUUAAACUUAAUGCCAGAAAUAAUAAAUUCUGCAGAUGAAAAUGAAAACCUUUCCAAAACAGAAGAGUUAGAAAUGCCAUUAACUCAUCUAGACCUAACAAACCACCAUUCUUCAGUGAAUUCAUUAUGUGCAGAACUUCAGACAUUUCCAUCUUCUCCUGUUUGUAAAAUUAAUUUGCUUACUGCUGAAGAAUCAGCUAACAAAUACCAUAUGCUAUGGCAAUUAGAAAGCUGCAAAAGCUCUCUGAACUCAUUUUUGAUCAGAGUGCCAAGAAUUGAAGAGCCCAACAAUCAAUAUUCACUUACAGAUUUGAAAAAGAUAUUUUCUGUUGAAGAAGAAAAACUUGUGGUUAAUCCUGUAAAUGCAGAGUGGUGGAAAGAAGCAAGACUAAAUCUGACAGAAACUUUGGAACCUCUAAGUACAUAUUUGUGUCAUAAUAAUUUAUCUUCUGAUGAUACUAAAUUGGAGACAUUUUUACCUACAAAUGUGCCUCAAUUAGAACCACAGUUAGAACAUGAAGAUUGUUCCUCUCCUCUUAUACUUAUUAAUGAGCAAUCUACAAAUGAUCAUUUAUCACCUCCAAAAAAGACUCCAUCUCCAACUAAAGAAGUAUCAGAUUUGCAUCUUUCUGAUGAAUAUGUCUCUGUUGAAAGACCAAGAAAAGAAGAAAAACCAAAGAAUGACCUAGAACUAGGUUAUGGAAUAAUCCAAAAUAAAGAAAAUAAAGAUCACUUGGAACUUGACAGCACAGUACCAUCUACUGAAUCAUCUUCCUCUUCAAAAAUUGAAAAAGCAUCUUUUAAACAUGGUAAAAAGUGGGAGAAUAAUUUGGACCUUUUGAGCGACUUUAUUAUGCUGCGAAAUAAGUAUCCGACUUGUACCUCAAAGACUGAAGUCACAGACAAUGAUGGAAAAGAUGAACUUCAAAACAAAGAAGAAGUUUCUUUGACUCUUCAAGAAGAAAGCCCUAUUGUUUGUAAUAAUAAAACCCUAGAGAAAACAAAUCAGGAAAGGAGAGCAGAUAAUGUCAUCGAAAUUCCAGCAUCAGAUAGCCAGUGCCAAGCAUAUUGUCUCCUAGAAGCAGCAGCUUCUCCUAUCUUAGAAAAACUUGUGUGCCUCUGUACUCUUCCUGCUGCUAACUGGAAAUUUGCCACUGUCAUUUUUGACCAAACAAGGUUCCUCUUGAAAGAACAAGAAAAAAUAAUAAGUGAUGCUAUUCAUCAAGGUAAAAAUGAGGAAAGAGAAAUGACAUUCAAGUAUGCUGCUCUCUUACACCUUUUGGUAACAAUUAGAGAUGUCCUUUUAACCUGUAACUUGGACACAGCAUUGGGAUAUUUGUCAAAUGCAAAAGAUAUCUACAAAAGUGUUUUUGGUUCCUGUUUGUAUGACAUUUGGCGACAACUGGAGAUAGUACAGUUUAUAAGGGGGAAAAAGCCUGAAACCAACUAUAAGAUAAGAGAAUUGCAAUGUCAGAUACUAAAUUGGAUGCAAAGUGAACAGCAAAUCAAGGUGCUGGUUAUAAUAAGAAUGGAUUCAUAUGGAGAAAAACAUUUACUCAUUAAAAUCCUUAACAAAAUAGAAGGUUUGACACUGAUUGUCUUACAUUCAAACAAAAGAAAAGACUUUCUGGAAUCCGAAGGUGUUUUAAACAGUACAAGUUUCUGUGUAGUUGUACCCAAUCAAUACAUUGGAGCAGAUUUCCCCUGGAGUAAUUUCUCAUUUGUGGUGGAAUACAAUUUUGUAGAAAACUCUUGUUGGACUGAACAUUGUGAAAAAUUGAAUAUUCCUUACAUGGCCUUUAAAGUGAUUCUUCCAGACACAGUUUUAAAGAGAAGCAGCUUGCUUGAUAGUUUUGGUGGUUUUCUCUUGGAAAUUCAGAUUCCAUAUAUGUUUUUUGCAUCUGAAGGACUUCUUAAUACUCCAGAAAUACUACGGUUGUUAGAAUCCAACUAUAACAUCACACUAGUGGAGAGAUGCUGCAGCGAGUCACUGAAACUCUUUGGAGGUACAGAGCAUUAUGUGGUGAUGACAAUUGAUGAGCACACUGCUGUAAUUUUGCAGGACCUAGAAGAAUUAAACUGUGAGAAGGCAUCAGACAAUAUCAUUAUGAGACUGAUGGCAUUAUCAUUCCAGUACAGCUAUUGUUGGAUAAUUUUAUAUGCCAAAAAGCCAUUAAACUCAGAGUACCAUCUUACAGAAAAGACUCUUCAUCACCUAGCACUGAUUUAUGCAGCUUUGGUUUCAUCUGGGCUAAAAUCAGAAGAACUGGAUGUAAAGCUUAUAAUUGCCCCAGGAGUGGAAGAGACUGCACUGAUGAUUCGACAAAUUGCUGACCACAAUUUGAUGACCUCAAAAAGAGAUCCUCAUGAAUGGUUGGAUAAGUCCUGGCUUAAAGUUGCACCAUCUAAGGAAGAAAUGUACUUACUUGAUUUUCCAAGUGUUACUCCAUUGGUGGCUCAGCUCAUGUUAAAUAAAGGACCUUCACUGAACUGGAUAUUGUUAGCAACUCUUUGUCAACUUCAGGAACUCCUACCUGAAGUUCCAGAAAAAGUGUUAAAGCAUUUUUGUGGCAUCACUUCCUUAUUCAAGAUUAGUCCUUCCAUAACAGAAUCACCUCAAAUUUCAUCACCUCAGGAAAACAGGGAUCAGACUAGAACCUUUACUUCUCAGAGUUCAGCUUCUGGCUCUUCAGAUUCUGUCAUUCAAGAACAUAUCAAUUAUCAAUAUUCAGACUUAGGAGAGACAGUACAUGAAGACACCAACAGCACUUCAAAUUAUACCUCUUCCUUUAUGGGAUUAAAAGACAUGCCAGGCAUUUUACCAUCUGUGAGUUCUUACAAUCAGACCAGCCAUUGGACAGAGUCUAGUUGUAACCCUAACAUGGUACAGAAUAAUUCUGUUCUGACUAAUAUGGAAGCAAGGAAUGUGUCUGGUAAUUCCUUUCUGAACCAGAAUGAUUCAGAGUCAGAUGUCUUUUCUUUGGGUCUAACAGAAAUGAAUUAUGAAACUAUAAUAUCACCCAUUGACACUCAGAAGAGAGUCACCCCUCACUUUAUAAAUUAUCAGAAAAAGGGAACACAUGAAAAAAAAGGACCUAUAAAAAAAGAGUUGUCAGCUCCUGUCUUUUCACUUGAGGGUUCUCAACCUCCUCUUCAUUGGAACUUUAAGAGAAAUGUAUGGGAACAACAGAAUCAUUCAUUCAACUUACAGAGUGGUGCAGAGCAGAGUACAUGUGACAAAUGGUACUCUCAGAAAGAUAAUUUAUUCAUUAAUCAGCAAAAAUAUCAGUCGGAUGAGUUAGAAGGCUUCAUCUGUGAAAGUUCAAAUGCUGGGACUAAAAAGACUUUCUGGAAAGAAUUACCAUCUGUCCCCAGUUUGGAUUUAUCCUGUGCUUCUGAUUCUAAUGUAAAUCAAAAAGAAUUCAACAGUCUUUAUUUCUACCAAAGAGCUGGAAAAUGUUUAGGACAGAAAAGGCACUCUGAGUCUUCAUCUAACUCAGGAGACAACAACUCAUUAACAGACUUCAUGUGCUUACAACCAGCGCAAUUCAAAAAACAACGUCUUGUGUAUGAAAAAGUCCCUGGUAGACUUGACGGGCAAACUCGUCUGAGGUUUUUUUGAAAGAAAGAAUAGUGCUGCAUGCCAC